CUUGUACAGGUACAGGUGAAACAGGUGGAUGUCUCAGUUAUCUGGACUCUACUUCAGCAGCAGGUUACACACACAUCACUACAUAGUGACUGCAACACACAACCGAGCACAAUGAGUGCAGAUGGAAAAAAGCAACUCCCUCCCUACAUCAUACCAGAAGGUCAAGGUCAAAGUCAAGGGGAUGGAGUGACGGUUUACAAGGUCCACAGCCCCUUCGAUUUUCAGAACCACGGGACCAACGCGGCUAAUGCCCAGCCAGUCUUCACCAGUGGAGGCGGAGGUCUUGGUUCAGGUCUGGAAACUGGCGAUGGCAAAAGACGGUUCGUGAGCUACGAUGCAGCACUCGGGGAUUCUCCAGGAAUGACGUCCUGCACGUCCUGCCAGCAACAGGUCAUGACCAAUGUCACCUACAAAGCAGGGACGUACGCCUGGCUCAUGUGCUUACUCUUCAUCUGCUGCGGGUUAGUCCUGUGCUGCUGCCUGAUUCCCUUCUUCAUGAAGAGGUUCAAGGACGCGUACCACACGUGCCCCCGCUGCAACAGAGUGCUGCAUGUGGAGAAGAGGAAAUGCUGUAAAUAAAUGACGAGCAUGAGGGGCAGAAAUGGACCCAUAGAAAUAUGAAAUAACAUCCCGCUACCUCUGCCUGUGUUAGGGAUGUUCAUGUUUAUUUCUAUGGGUGUGCAGUGGCAUAAGCCUAUCUGAUAUCAUACAUCAUAUUAUCUGCAAACAGACUGGGAGUGAUUGCACUGUCAAAAGUUCUGACAAGUUAAAUCGAGCACGCCCUUUUUGCACUUUUUGUAAGCAGUUUUUUUUUUGUCUCAGCAGAGAAAAACUUGUUAUUCUUCCCAGAAACAUAUGCAUACAUAAUGUUAUUAAAAUGAAGGCUUGUACAUACACUUCAACAAAUAUUCUAUUUUUAAAGGGAUUGUGGAUUUGAAAUAAAACAGACCAGUCUCCUAUUUUAUGGUAUAAAACAGUCCUAAUAAAAAAAGAAGCCAACGCAAUGGAUAAAACCAGAGACCUUUUUGUUAGUCAAAAAUUAAACGUAGAGAAUAUUUAAAUCCAGUGUGACUCCUUUUGUGUUAUAUUUAUAUGUUUACACCUCAUUUAACUCUUUUAUUCUAACAUUAUGGGAUGACGGGUGAUGUGAGUGAGCAGCAAAUUCAAAGAAAAGUUUAUAUAAAGCACAGCAGCAGGAGGAUGUAGAUAUAAUUAUCUUUAGCUCGAUCUUUACCUCUGAAGAAAGAUGUCACUUUGAUGCAUAACAAUGCAAAGAACAAUGCAAUAUUAAAGCAAGACUACACUAUGAUGGGAUGUGUUCAGUGGCAGCGGCAGUCAACCUCUCGGUGACCAUCUCCUGUGUUGAACUAACAUCUACUAAGAAAUAUAAUAUAUUUCUUUUUGUCUGAUUGCUUCGUUGUUCUAGCGCAUGAAAGAUUUCAAGAAAGCAGGAAAAUUGUUAUGCGGGAUGUGACUCGUCUGCACAUUUUCCACAAAAUGAAACCUAGUAUGUUUGGACUUCUGUUAUGUGCUAUUAUUAUCUAUUUUAUAUCAUUAUUUCCUUAAUAAAAGUACACUAGAUGAUAUAUGACA